AACAUCCGUCGUUGACCAUAGGAAAAUAAGUCAAUGGCCGAUCCCAAUUCUUAAAACUUUUCCCGAUUCGUUGCAUUUGCAGACAAGACGAAUCUCAGAUCGCAUACGCGAAAGUGAUACGCUAUGUGCGGGAUCUUUGCGUACCUCAAUUUCGAUGUCAGCAAAGAGAGGCGCUACAUUUUGGAGGUUCUCUUCAACGGCCUCCGGCGCUUGGAGUACAGAGGCUAUGAUUCCGCCGGAAUUUCCAUCGAUUCUUCAAACAACUCCUCCAAUCCCGACGUCGCCGCCGCCGCCCCUUCGCCUCUCGUCUUUCGCCAGGCUGGCAACAUUGAAUCCCUCGUCAAAUCGGUAUAUCAAGAGGUUGAUGCCAAGGAUAUAAACUUGCACGAAUCGUUCUCGGUUCAUGCCGGAAUAGCACACACUCGUUGGGCCACACAUGGAGAACCAGCUCCAAGGAAUAGUCACCCUCAGACAUCUGACGUAGAGAACGAAUUUUUGGUUGUACAUAAUGGAGUUAUAACCAAUUAUGAGGUUUUAAAAGAGACACUGGUUCGACAUGGUUUUACCUUUGAAUCUGAUACGGAUACAGAAGUCAUUCCGAAGCUUGCAAAGUUUAUCUUUGAUAAUGCAAACGAAGAAGGUGAUAAGAGUGUGACAUUUAGCCAAGUGGUGAUUGAGGUAAUGAGGCACCUGGAAGGAGCAUAUGCCCUAAUUUUCAAAAGCCGACAUUAUCCCAAUGAGUUGAUUGCAUGCAAACGUGGCAGCCCGUUGCUCCUUGGUGUAAAAGAGUUGACAGAGCAGGCCAACCGAGGAUCUUUUAACGACUCGAAAUCUCUUUCUAGCAACGGACAACCAAAGGAACUCUUUUUGUCGAGUGACGCCAGUGCUGUUGUAGAGCACACAAAGAAGGUCUUGGUGAUUGAGGAUGGUGAAGUUGUUCAUCUUAAGGAUGGAGGCGUAUCCAUUUUGAAGUUCGAUCACCCUAAAGAAAAGUGCAGCGGAAUGGUGACGAGGCCCGCCUCUGUGCAACGCGCGCUUUCAGUUCUGCAAAUGGAGGUUGAGCAAAUAAAUAAAGGAAAAUACGAGCAUUACAUGCAGAAAGAAAUUCACGAACAACCGGAAUCUCUUACGACGACAAUGAGAGGUAGGCUUAUUCGUGGAGGAUCAUGUAAAGCCAAGAGUGUCCUUUUGGGAGGGCUGAAAGAUCACCUCAAAACCAUCAGACGAAGCAGAAGGAUAGUUUUCAUCGGGUGUGGCACAAGCUAUAAUGCUGCUUUAGCCGCAAGGCCCAUCAUCGAAGAACUUUCUGGUAUCCCUGUGACAAUGGAGAUUGCCAGUGAUCUUGUGGAUCGACAAGGCCCCAUAUAUAGAGAAGAUACAGCUGUCUUUGUCAGCCAAUCGGGAGAAACGGCUGACACUUUGCAGGCUUUGGAGUAUGCAUUAGAAAAUGGCGCAUUGUGUGUCGGCAUCACCAACACCGUCAGCAGUGCAAUCGCUCGGAAAACACAUUGCGGUGUUCACAUAAAUGCCGGCUGCGAGAUUGGCGUCGCUAGUACCAAGGCGUACACGAGCCAAAUUGUCGUCAUGGCAAUGUUGGCUCUCGCAAUUGGAGAUGACACAAUUUCUAGUCAAGCAAGACGGGAGGCCAUCAUAGACGGUCUAUAUGAUUUUCCAAGUAAAGUGAAAGAGGUCCUCAAGCUUGACGGAGAAAUGAAAGAUCUUGCUAAGUUACUAAUGGCAGAGCAGUCGCUGCUUGUUUUCGGAAGAGGAUACAACUACGCCACCGCAUUGGAAGGCGCCUUGAAGGUAAAGGAAGUUGCACUGAUGCACAGCGAAGGAAUUCUAGCUGGUGAAAUGAAACACGGUCCCUUAGCUUUAGUGGACGAGAAUCUUCCGAUUGUUGUUAUCGCUACUCGCGAUGCUUGUUUCAGCAAGCAGCAGUCAGUCAUUCAGCAACUCCACGCUCGGAAAGGUAGACUUAUAGUAAUGUGUACGGAAGGAGACGCUGCAUCUGUCAGUGUUGGCGGUUCCUGCCGUGUGAUUGAAGUUCCUCAGGUUGAAGAUUGCUUGCAGCCUGUUAUUAACGUCGUUCCUUUGCAGCUCUUGGCUUAUCAUCUGACUGUUCUUCGCGGACACAACGUGGAUCAGCCUCGAAACCUCGCCAAAAGUGUGACAACGCAGUGAGGGAAACUUUAGAUACGAGCUCCUGCAACCUUCCGCCAUGGAAACGCGAUACCGAGCGGCUGAGUUCUGGUCGGAUCUACAGAAGCUUGUGUGGUGUUUUCCAUCUUCCGUAUGCUCUUUGUAUAGUGUAGAGAUAACAAUUAACUGUAGCUGUGAACUGUUACGAUAAAACUCCAUGGGUGCCUUUCUUCCAAACCAUCAAAUCUAUCUAUAUAUGCAUGUAUCUAUACUAA